UUUUCAGCCCUUCUUUCUCUGAGGGAAUCCCGGGGAAGUACCGACCCACCAAGAAGGAGGUGGAUGCUCUUGGGUGAGAGACAAAACUUGGCACCUUUGAGGUGUACUCCCUUCUCCCUCCACUCUCCCUCUCCUCAGUCCAGCUGUGCACACCUCUGAGCCAAGGCAGAGAGCUAGGGCCCUCGCCCACCAAAGGCUGUCCUUUCCAGCAGAGCUUUGCGAUGGGAUCAAAGAAGUUCUAACGUGAAAAUUCACGUCCUUUCAAUCAUUCCCCGGAAUACGCUUGUAGGGUUUCCUACCUGUAAUCACACGUCGGGAAUAAAAGCCGAAAAGCAAAGCAAGGAUUGCCAUGUCAUGUGCUUUAUUGUCAGCGGUAGCGCUAAUUUUAACUGUUGAUUAAAUCUUAAAUGAAGACUCAGUCGUGUGUCCCUUCAUAUGUCUUGUUUGUAAUUGAGACUAAUUAUUACUGUGGGGUGGGAAGAAGCAGCUGCUCAUUAAUUAAUUUCUAAUUAAAAGUGCUUACCAGCCCUUCAGUGACUAAGGAGGGUGGGGGAAAUCUUAGCUAAUACAACAUUGAUCCUUCAGAUUAAACCCAGUCCUUCCCUUCCCCGCAGAAAUCCAUGGAGAUGCUGAAGGCAGCCUGUUCCGGAGAGCUUUCCAAACUUUCGCUUCUGUUAGGGAAGGUUUCGCUCCUGUUAAGCGGGAUGCCGAGGCUCUCUUUUCCAUGCCAGGGGAAAGGGUCCCGAAAAUGAAUGUUAAACUUCCAGGCAGGUUAAUGUGAAUAGGCUUUGCGUGACGUCAGAGGAUCGGCUCUUUUAAAACAACGUGCUUCUGAACUGAUGUAUUUUUUAUCGCUUUUUUCUCCCCCCCCUUCCCCCUUUUAUUUUUCUGUGGGUGCAGACUAUGUAUUUCUGCCGUCAUGUUUACCAGUCUUGCAGCCCACAAGUAACAAUAAUUUUUGUUUCAUAGGUGUAGAGGGGAAUGUGCUAAAAUCACUGUGCAUCUUUUUUCUUGUGUUUCCCCUUCGGUUAAAAAAAAAAAAAAGGAAAGAAAGUUUAACAUUUCAUGUAAAUAAAUUAAAUGUGGUUUUCUGCUUCGUCCUAUAAGCAUCUAGGGACCUGUGGUUACCAAUCAAUUGGUACAACAGAGCAGAGCCAGGCUGCAAUAGCGUGCAGAUCAGACGUCUCGCCUUGUUUCUAGAUAACCGGGAGCCUCUGUACCAUGUCAUAUCCUCAGUUUGGCUAUCCUUACUCCUCUGCACCCCAGUUCCUGAUGAGCACCAACUCCCUGACGACGUGCUGCGAGUCCAGCGGCCGGACGCUGGCCGAAAGCGGGGCGGGGGCCCCGGCCCAGGCUCCGGUGUACUGCCCGGUUUACGAGAGCCGCCUGCUCGCCACCGCCCGGCACGAACUCAGCUCUGCCGCCGCCUUGGGGGUCUACGGUGGCCCCUACGCCGGGCCCCAGGGAUAUGGAAACUACGUGACCUACGGCACCGAGGCUCCCGCCUUCUACUCCUUGAACAGUUUGGAGGCGAAGGACGGGAGCGGGUCUGCGCAUGCGGGCAUCGCCCCGGCGGCUGCCUACUACCCCUACGAUCACACCCUCAGCCAGUACCAGUACGACAGGUACGGCACGAUGGAUGGCGGGACACGGCGGAAGAACGCCACCCGGGAGACAACCAGCACGCUGAAGGCCUGGCUGCAGGAGCACCGCAAGAACCCCUACCCCACCAAGGGCGAGAAGAUCAUGCUGGCCAUCAUCACCAAGAUGACCCUCACCCAGGUCUCCACCUGGUUCGCCAACGCCCGCCGGCGGCUCAAGAAGGAGAACAAGAUGACUUGGCCCCCGCGGAACAAGUGUUCAGACGAGAAGCGGCCCUACGAGGAAGAGGAGGAGGAGGAGGAAGAGGGCUCUCAGGAAGAGGCGAUGAAGAGCGGGAAAGCCGAGGAGCCCACGGGCAAGGAGGAGAAGGAGCUGGAGCUCAGCGACCUGGAGGACCUGGACGCCGCCGAGUCGGAGAGCUCUGAGUGCGAGCUGCGGCGGCCCUUUCCGCACCCGCUCCCGCACCCGCUCCCUGGCAGCAGCCACCCGCCGCGGGCCGCCGAGCCCCCCGCCAAGAUGCCGCAGCCGCCGGCCGCCGCCGGGGAGGAAGAGGAAGAAGAAGAGGCGGCAGCGGGGCGGGCGCGGAGCUGCCUGAAGCCGGCGGCGGAGGAGUGUGGCCCCGACCCACUCGGCGCUAGGCAGCGCGGCUGCGAGUCCAAAAUGUGCUUCCAGCAGGGGCAACAGCUGCUGGAGGCGAAGCCCAGGAUUUGGUCCCUGGCGCACACCGCCACUUCCCUCAACCAGGCCGAGUACCCCUCCUGCAUGCUGAAGCGGCCCGGGGGCUCGGCCACCGCCGCCGCCGUCUCCGCCCCGGUCAGUGUCAUCGAUAGGCAUCAGGAUUCGCCGGUCACCAACCUCAGGAACUGGGUGGACGGGGUGUUUCACGACCCUCUGUUCAGGCACAGUACUUUGAACCAAGCCCUGAGCAACACGACAGUAUCCUGGGCCACCACCAAAGGAGCCAUCCUGGAAACAGGCGCCUUGGGACGCGCGGUGGGGAACGGCGCCAAUGGGCUCAAGGGGCAGCUCUCAAACCUGGCCCACCAUGACUCAAACAAAGAGUUUCUGGCCUUUCCCAAAUCAGGAAGCAAAAUGUUUUGUUCCUAACAAGGCCGCCGAGGGCCGGAGGACUUUGGAGCGCUUGAAGAGUCAGCUACACUGAAAUGAGACUUGCGAGAGUUUAAAUUUAAAUAUAAAACUUGUUUUCUUCUUUAUUUUUUUUUAAACCGAGGAUUUAAAGUUCAGUUUGCUCAGUUCAACGGACAGACUUUGGUCAUUGCUGUUCUGAAGAAUUUCUCCUGGCUGCGACUUUAAGGGAUCAAUGUCGUGAAAGUUAUUUAAUUCCAUGUCCAAAAAGCACGUGCUAUAGCGUAGACCUACUUUUAAAAGUUUACAUCCGAAAGUUUACAAACGGGAAAUUUUAAUUCAGAUUUAAUUUAAGGCAUGCCGACAUUAGUUAUAAAGACUUUCCGAGAGUUUUUCCUCCUUAUUUCCUUGUUAGCAUAUAAUUCACAAACAGCACUUCUACUAAGUUUACACCUACUGCACAAAUUUAUCUUGAGAAAAGGAAAAAAAAUAUGUUAAAAGGUAUGUUCACUCCAAUAAAUUGUCUGUUUCAGAGGUAA